AUGGUCAAGACAUUCCAGUUCCAGGACAUCCAAGUUCCAUCUCCAGGCUUUGGUUGCAUGGGUCUCAGUCAUGGGCUAGGUAGCAACCUCAGCCUCGAAGAAGCUGAGCCUGUUCUUCUCAAAGCCAUUGAACUCGGCUGCACUUUCUGGGACACUGCCGUCGUGUAUCAGGCAGGUGUGAACGAAAAGCUUCUAGGAGACUUCAUCCGAAAGCACAACGUCCGUGACAAGGUUUUCACUCACAUCAAGAAAUACAUCGAUGGUACCAUUGAGAGGCUGGGAUUUACACCCGACCUCUACUACCUCCACCGCAUUGACCCCAAGACCCCCCUCGAAGAAUCCAUCCCCGCACUCGACGAAUGCCGCAAGGCAGGCAAGACCAAGUACAUUGGUCUUUCAGAGUGCUCGGCCAAGACACUCCGAAAAGCAAACUCAAUCGCCAAAAUCCACGCCAUCCAAGCCGAAUACUCCGCCUUCGAAACCCUCCACGAAACCGACUCCCUCAUCGCCACCGCCGCCGAACUCUCCAUCUCCUACAUCGCGUACUCACCCCUCGGCCACGGCUGGCUCGUCGACAACUUCGACUAUGCCUCACCCGACGACUUUGCGCCUGACGACUUCAGGCGUACUGUCCCGAAAUUCCAAGGCGAAAAUUUCUAUCGCAAUAAAGCGAUUGUGGAGGAGAUUAAGAAGUUGGCGAAGAAGAAGGGGUGUUCGACGAGUCAGAUUGCGUUGGCUUGGGUAAGUAGUCAGGGGAUGAUGCCGAUUCCGGGGACGACGAAGGUGGGGAGGUUGGAGGAGAAUUGGGGGAGUAGGGAUGUGGAGUUGAGCGAGGAGGAGAUGGCGGAGAUGAGGAGGAUUGUGGAUCAGGCGAAGCCGGAGGGGGAGAGGUAUGGGGAGGCGCAUCGGGCUUGGGUUGGGCAUUGA